AUGGAUCAGAUAACAUCAUCAUCGUCGCCCGAUGUCAGGAGGGCUAUCCCUAUAACCACCUCCAACUCAUCAUUGUCGUCAUCAUCAGACAACCAAUAUGUACAUAGCAACAACAAUACAAAUGAUCAAUCACCAACACCAAGUGGAAGAAGUCCUACUAAGCCCAAGACAGGUGGCGGUGGAAGUCCGCAACAGAAUCGCAAGGCAAACAACAAGUUUAGUUUGAUAAGGCUGGCAACAAAGAGCCGUGUGUUGGGCGGCGGAUCAUCAUCGACAUCGCACUCUCAUCACACCAAGAGUUCAAAGAAGACUCAAACAACACAUGAUAUUGGUGCCGAGCUAACAACUGGCCAUCCAUCAACACAUGCACCUACCCCUGGAACACCGACGUCCAACGCACACACCAAGAUAUUCGGACAGCCAUUGGCGGUGGCCAUCCAGAGAUCGGCCAAGUCACACCCCUUGCUCCCGGACCUGGUGUUCAAGUGCCUCGAGUACCUAAAGCUGCGAGGCUCAAAGGAGGAGGGCAUCUUCCGUAUCAGUGGCAGCGCGGCUGCCAUAAGUAAGGUGCGCGAGGAGUUUGAUAAUGGUGUCGACGUCGAUCUGAGCACACAGCUCGACCAUCAUGUGGUCAGCGGAAUCCUGAAGCUCUACCUGCGCCAGAUACCCGAGACAGUGUUCAACGAGCAGUUCCCAGACGAGUUGGAGGAGUUGCGCGAAGGCGGUAACUCGUCCGACGCCAUCAACAUGAGGAUUGAGCGCAUCACCCAGUUGCUCAAGCAAUUGCCCGAGUCCAAUCGCUGCAUCAUCCAUCAUCUGUGCUCACUACUCAACACGGUAUCGUUUGAGCCGGCCACCAAGAUGAACACCGUCAAUCUGGCCAUCAUCUUUGCACCCACACUCGGAUGUCCGGUGGAAGUGAUGACCGUACUCAUCGACUACUAUGAGCCAAUAUUCUCGCAGCAGACCUAUGACUAUAAUUAA